AUGCCCGCUGUGUACGCAGCCCUGGAGGAUCGGGCGGCCCACAUGGCCCCGCACCUUGCCCAACGCAGUCUAAGCGUGAAUCAUACACAGUCCGUUACGCUGGGGAUUAUGGCAGUCUAUGUGGUUGUUAUCGCUAUCCUAUGGAACGUACCAUAUCUUCGUUACUCACUCUGGCCCUUCAAGAUGUUGGUUAUUGCGUUUCACGAAUUCGGUCAUGCGAUCACAGCCUGCUGCACUGGCGGAAGAGUCGAGUCAAUCUCACUUGAUCCUCAUGAGGGCGGAGUUACGCAUAUGCGUGGAGGAAUGUCCGCUAUUACCUUGCCAGCUGGGUACCUAGGCUCAUCUAUUAUUGGCGCUCUCCUGAUCUUUGCUGGUUUUGAUAUCGUGGCUAGCAAAGUUGCUAGUUUUGUCUUGGGAGUCUGUUUCCUGUUGACCAUGUGGUGGGCGCGUAAGGAUUGGUUGACUAUCAUGACCAUUUUCAUUGCGAUCGGCCUGCUUGUGGCAUGCUGGUUCAUUGCACAUGCUGAGGCCUUGAGGUGGUUCGUGCUUUUUAUUGGCGUUAUGUCUUCUCUUUACAGCGUGUGGGAUAUUUGUGACGACCUUAUCCUUCGCAAAGUCAACAGUUCCGAUGCCAGUGUCUUCGCCAAGAAAUAUGGAGGAUCUUCUCAAUGCUGGGGUGUUAUUUGGUCUAUCAUCUCUCUAUGCUUUAUGGCCAUUGGGAUUAUUGGUGGAAUUGCCGCAUUCCCAGAGUCCUUCAGCCAGCAGGAGAAGGACUCGGAUAAAUUUAUUCCCACUUUCAAGCUCUAA